UAAAAAUGAUUUUAUUAUAAUUUAGUAAUUUAAUGAUGAAAAUUGAGUUGUAUUCUUGAGACUAAUUGUACAUAUUAUAUAUUGUUAUAGAACGUGUAAUAUAUGAACAUAUCUAAGUUAUCUCGAUUAAGUAGAAUAGCUAAUUACGUCGUGAACCGGCCACAUAGGUUAUUGCAUACUGUUGUUGUUAAAUCGUGGAAUGUCGACACACGAAAAAUGUCUCAAAAAAGCAUAACUUCUUUUUUUAAAAUAACGCCCAAGAAGGAGUCUGAUGGUAUUGUUAACCAUCAGAAGGAGGUCAAGUCAAAUGCGGACAAAAGUUUGACUGAAGAAACAUCACCGCCUGCAACUGCUACAAAGCGAUCAUCAAAGAGAUUGAGAUCAGACAGUGUUGAGAAAGAGCUUCUGUCUGCGUCCAGGUCUCCCUCCCCCGUCACCUCUGCAAAGAAAAAGACAGUGAAAAGACAGAGAAUUGAGAGCUCGGAAAGUGAAGCAGAUCUACCAAAAGGUUCAGACGAGGCAACAAUACCUGUUAAAUUAGAAAGAAAUGAUUCACCAAAAACUUAUUCCUCACCGAAAACUAAACGCAAUAAAUCAAAACUAACAAAAACCAAUCAGGAAAGUGUUAAAAAUAUUGAGAAAAAUGAGAGUUUUAAUGGAUAUGAGAGUUCAAAUGAGAGUAACAGCCCUAAAGAAAACAAAAGUCCUAAACAAAGUAAAAGUCCUAAAUCAGUUAAAACUCCUAAAAAACAGAAAAGCCCUAAGGAACAAUCAGUGAGUCCGAAUGAGAUACCAAAAAUUAAGACUGAAAAGAAAUCACCGUCACCAGUAAAGAGUGCAACAAAAACAAAAGGUCCAAUGGAAAAGUUCAUGGAAAGUAAUAAUAUGAUGCGGUCUUUUGUGAAGAGAGAAAAGAUUGUCAGCGCACAGGAUGAUGAAAAAGAUGUAAAACAUACAAAUGAAGAAAACAACUCAAUUCAACAUACAUUAGUUCCAGAAGCGGAAUACAAUCCGGGCAAGGCAAAGUAUCACCCUAUCAAGGAUGCUUGUUGGACGUCGGGCCAGCCGGUGCCCUACCUGGCCCUCGCCCGCACGCUGGAGGCUGUGGAGGCGACCUCCGCGCGACACAAGAUGGUCGACCUCCUCAGCAACUACUUCCGCUCCGUCAUCGCGCUCACCCCGCAAGAUCUGCUGCCCAGCAUCUACCUCUGUCUCAACCAGCUCGGCCCCGCCUAUCUAGGACUGGAGCUAGGCAUAGCGGAGACGUACCUGAUGAAGGCGGUGGGGGGGUGCACGGGGAGGUCGCUGGCGCAGGUGCGGGCGGCGGCGCAGCGGCUGGGCGAGCUGGGCGCGGCGGCGCAGCAGGCCCGCGCGGCGCAGCGCAUGCUGUGUGCACCGGCGCCGCUGCAGGUGCGCAAGCUGCACGCCGCACUCAAGGACCUCGCCGCCAUCACCGGACAGGCGUCCGUCAACAAGAAGAUCAGCAAGAUCCAGGCUCUGUUCGUGGCGUGUCGGCACUCCGAGGCCAAGUACUUGAUAAGGUCGCUGGAGGGCAAGCUGCGCGUGGGCCUGGCGGAGCAGUCGCUGCUGCAGGCGCUGGCGCUGGCCACAGCCCGCACCCCGCCCGCGGGACCGCACGCCGGCUGCCUCGACGUCGCCGAGGGAAUGUCAUCCGACGACUUCAAGGCGGUGGUGGAUGAGCACGCGCUGGUGAUAAAGACGACGUACUGCGAGUGCCCCAACUACGAGCUGGUGGUGCCGGCGCUGCUGCAGCACGGCGCCCGGGAGCUGCCCCGGCACUGCCGCCUCACGCCCGGCAUCCCGCUCAAGCCCAUGUUGGCGCACCCCGCGCGCGGCGUGCACGAGAUAUUCUCGCGCUUCGAGAAUGAGAAGUUCACUUGCGAGUGGAAGUACGACGGCGAGCGCGCGCAGAUACACGUGCCCGGGGAGGAGGCGCCGCGGCUCGCCCACGCGCGCAUCUUCAGCCGCAACCAGGAGGACAACACCACCAAGUACCCGGACGUGCUGGCGCGGCUGCCGGCGCUGCUCAAGUCCACCGUCACCAGCUGCGUGCUGGACUGCGAGGCCGUCGCCUACGACACCGUCAACAAGCAAAUUCUGCCCUUCCAGGUGCUGUCGACGCGCAAGCGCAAGGACGCGAGCGCGGCGGAUGUGCGCGUGCAGGUCUGCGUGUUCGUGUUCGACCUGCUGCUGCUGAACGGCCGCUCGCUCUGUCGGGAGCCGUUGGCGGAGCGCCGGCGGCUGCUGCACGACCACUUCGCCGAGAGCCCCGGCGAGUGGGAGUUUGCGCGCGCGCAGGACUGCAGCGGCGCAGAGGAGGUCCAACAGUUCCUCGAGCAGUCGGUGCGCGGCUCCUGCGAGGGGCUGAUGGUGAAGGCGCUGCACGGCGAGCGCGCGCACUACGACAUCGCGCGCCGCUCCCGCAACUGGCUCAAGCUGAAGAAGGACUACCUGGAGGGCGGCGGGGACAGCAUCGACGCGGUGGUGAUAGGCGCGUACCGCGGGCGAGGGCGGCGCGCCGGCCGCUUCGGCGGCUUCCUGCUGGCGUGCUACGACCCCGCCGGCGAGCAGUACCAGUCCCUCUGCAAGAUCGGCACCGGCUUCUCCGACCAGGACCUCGACACCUUCACCGAGCAGCUGCAGCAACACGUCAUCGACGCGCCCAGAAACUACUACAGUUACGAGGCGUCGCAGGCUCCGGACGUGUGGCUGGCGGCGGCCUGCGUGUGGGAGGUGCGCUGCGCGGACCUGUCUCUGUCGCCGGCACACCGCGCCGCGCUCGGCCUCAUCGACCGGGACAAGGGCGUCUCACUGCGCUUCCCCAGGUUCGUGCGCGUGCGCGAGGACAAGCGCGCGGAGGAGGCGACGAGCGGGGAGCAGAUCGCGCGCAUGUACCUGGCGCAGGACUCAGUGCGCAACCAGCACACCGCGCACAAGAUGGACGACGACGACUUCUACUGACGUCAUACUUCUUGUUUCAUUGUUCAAUAAAUCUUGUAUAUUGUUUA